ACAAAUCGACUUACAGGGCAUUGGGAAGAAGGGCACAGGCAGAAAGUCAAGUGAAGAGAAACUUCUUCAGAUAUGAGCUGUAUUCUCCAAACAGCUUUUUAGUUACUUUCCCAAUAAUUUUACUGCUUCCUCUUAAGUAGUUAAGUUUUUGUUUUUGUUUUGUUGUUUGUUUGUUUUUUUUAAGAUAACUGCGGUAAUGAAACUGAGUGUGGGGAUAUUUUUUGGAGGCUUCUUUGCGGCUCUGGGGGUUUUGCUUUUUUUGGUGGCAUUUGGAACUGAUUAUUGGCUUCUUGCUACAGAAAUAGGAAGGUGCUCAAAAGCACCUGAAGAUGCUGGGGGAGAGAAGGCCACUUUCCAUCAUGAAGGUUUCUUCUGGAGGUGCUGGUUUAGUGGAAAUGUAGGAGAAAAUAAUGCCAGCAUGUGGAAUUUCUGGUAUACUAACCAGUCACCUUCUAAGAAUUGUACACAUGCUUACCUGUCACCAUUUCCUCUUAUCCGAGAUGAACACAACUCAACCUCCUAUGACUCUGCAAUCAUUUAUCGAGGUUUCUGGACAGUUCUUAUGCUCCUGGGAGUGCUCACUAUUGUGAUGGCUAGUUUCUUCAUCAUCUGUGCAGCUCCUUUUGCCAGCCACAUUCUGUACAAAGCAGGAGGAGGCUUUUUCAUCCUUGCUGGUGUCUUGUUCUCUCUGGUAGUCGUGAUGUAUGUCAUCUGGGUCCAGGCGAUGGCUGAUCUGGAAGACUACACAAACAUGAAAAAAAUGGAUUGCCCAGACUUUGCUGUUUAUGUACAUUAUGGCUGGUCAUUUAUGCUGGCUCCUAUAGGAGUAUUUUUUGCUUUAUUAGCGGGAAUGCUGUUCUUGUUGGUAGGGCGUGCCAUUUAUUUACACUCAGACUAGUCAUACACUGCUGCAGGGAAUAAAGGAAUCUUAGUGAAACUUCAUGACGAUUGUAAACUGGAACACAAUUUUAUACGUUAUUACCGUUAUGGCAAUCCUAAGUGUGCAGGCAGACUUCUGGAAGUUCUUCUGUUACUUCUUUAAGGGUAGAGGACACAAAACUCAAUACAGGAAGAAAUCACCUGUAGUCCCAACUAGUUUAUUUGAAUUCUUUAGGAAGUACACCCACUGUUCUCCAUAUAGUACUAUUAGCAGCGUUUUUGCAGUUUUGCAAACAGAGGAAGGCAAAAAUUGUCUGUAACCCAAAGCCCAACAUGAAGUGGGCCAAAUCAACAUUUUAUACAUUUGUCUUUUAACAUUUAUCUUGUGCGUCUGCUUGUGGAGAAUGGUACAAGGUGGAGGGGAAAACAAACAUUUAAACAGAGUAAUUCAAUCUACCUCCUCUCCUGUUUUCCACUGCUUGCCUUAGCUUUAAUACAAGCAAACAUUUCUGCACUUUAUAAAAAUAGAGUGCAGUUGUUCAUGCAGCAUCCAUGGGAAGCGGACGGGAGAGAAGACAAUUGCCGUGAUCUGCGACAUGGUGCUAGUCCAUACAUGUAAAAACUUACCUGCUUCUGUUACACAUUUCUCUUUUCUGUAUGCAUCUGAAAGCUGUAUACUUCUGUAUUCUGAAAUCCAUAUUUGUUGCAUGAUUCUGUAAGCCAAUAUGCCAUAGUUAAAUCUCUAGCUGAAGUUAUGCCAAAAUUGUACUUUGAAUUAUACCAUUAAUAUUUUAAUCAAGUUUUAAGCCUUUUAUUUUUGAAUGGAAUAAUUGGCUCCUCCAACAAACAUUUUCCUGGUUGUGUAAAAUGACUUUUUUAUUAAAAAAUGUUUAUGAAGACAAUA